AUGACUGAAACUGAAUUACAUCUCCUAGAGACUUGGGGGAAAGGCAAGGGGCAAGUCAAGGCGAAAAGUGCCGAGGUUGUGGAGAGCAACGAGGGCAGGGAGGCGCCAGUGACAAAGGAAAAGGGGAAAGCCAUUGCAUGGGUGGAGAUUGAUGAGGAGGUGCCUGCGGUGAAGAAGAAAAAGGAGGCAAAGAGGGCGCAAGUCGAAGAGGAUGAUGAUGAAUACAACGAUGAAGAGGAUGCGCCCAAAGGCAAAAAGAAGGCGCCUGAACUCUACAACCUCAUCCUGGCAAAAGAAGGCCAGCUGAAGAAGAACUUGGUGCUCCGUUUCCCCACAGAUCCCACAGAUCCCAUCUUUGAGCCACCAAAAACAACCGAUCGCUAUGUGAAAGAAGCUCGCCGGUUGGAGAGGGAUGAGAAGGAGGCUGGGGCAUCCCGAAAGAAAGGAGGGAAAGGUGGAAAAUGGGGGCCGUUUUAUUGGGGCCCACAUGACCAACUCGAUUUCGAAGGGCCAGUUUCGUUCAAGUACACCUAUGACCCAGAGAGGAAUCCGAUCAAUGAGAAUGGCAUCAGGAGGUACCUCAUUGCAGAUGUGUUCGCUAUGCCAUGCACCAAGUGCACCACUAUGAAAAAGCCUUACUUUUUUGCUGGUGGGGAGCCGACGCCUUUGGGAAGGCAGCGGACCAUCAUCGACCAUCUGUUUUACAAGGAUGGUCUGCUCUACAAAAAGUCUACACCCAAACCCGCUGUGCCCAAGGCCACAGUGCCCAAAAAUGCCACACCCAAACUUGUGGCGCCCAAAACCGUGGCGCCUACACCAGCACCCAAACAAGCAGUGCCCAUACCAGUGGCCCCCAAACACGUGGCCCCCAAACAAGCGGCGCCCAAACCAGAAGCACCCGUGGCGGUCAAGGUUGCAGUGCCAUCGAAGCCCCAGGUAAAAGGUAUUGUGCCAAACUCCCCAUGCCCAAUGCUCUCUGAAAUGUCUUUCCAUCCAACUAACCAAUUCAAUUGCCCAGCUCAUAUGGGGGACCACAUCAUCACACUCGAAAAACAGUGCAGGAGACUUGUGGUGCAGGUGGAGGAGACAAGGGAGAAGCUCAACAGUGUCAUCAAAGAGUGGAAGGAAGACGUGGCCGAACUGCUCCUCAAGCUGAAGAAGAUGGAGCAAUCAGUUACCUCAACCAAGGAUUGGACGAUGCAAAAGGUGAUCUUCACGAUGGAAAGCCUUUUCCUCUUUGGAAAUGGCAUCCAUGCAGUGCUCCUAGAGUUGGUGACGAAAAUGACCGAUCUUCUGGAGGAGAUGGGCACACUGGUAUUGGUGGAAAGCGACGACUCAGUGGGGAAGGUGAAGGAGUUGUUGGAGCAUGCCAAACCCAACUCCACGUUCACUGGCACAGCACAUGGGACUGACAUGGCACCCACCAUCGCUCCAUCAACUCCAGCACCUGCUUUGAAUGCACCCUCGCGGCUACAAUCACCCAUCGCAGCGAAACAGCAAUCAGUGGUGGCCACUGCCACUGCUGGAGUUGCACCCGCUGCCCCUUCAAGUCCCACAGCGCCCAACACCAAAGGAGUAGAACUCGCGCCAGUUGAGGUUGGCCCAGGUUCUCCACUUACCGCCAUUGGAUCUCACCCCACUUCCCCACAAAGUGGAGAUGAACAAAACACAUCUACUGGACGCAAAAGGAAGGCUGAUGAAGAGGUUGACACGGACAUCACCAGGAAGAAACCGGCCAGCAAUCGGAAGAAGGGCCCACUGAGUGCACCUCAGCGCAGACAACCUGUGCAUGGUAAGGCUCCUGAUAGCGUCAAUCCAGUGACAGCAGGCCAGUCGAGCAAACCAGACACCAUCAUUGAGGAAGACUUGUAG